GCCGCGGAUUUUGAAGUGACGUCAUUCGAGUUUUUAAAUAUUGAAUUUCGAACGAAAAUAAUACCAGUGUGUUAUUGUGUGUUGUGUGGAGUGCCCGUUUAUUUUUUUUAACCAUGAAGCCACUACUGUGCGUGGUGGCAUUAUGCCUGCUUACCGUCACGGCGCUCUCAGAAAACAUCAAACAGCUACCACAGAGCAAAGAUCCCAUCACUGAGGUCGAGGAGAGUGGGAGCCAAACUAGAACAGAGCGCUGCACGGCUUGUACUGCUAAACUAAACAUCAAGAGUCCCAAUGAUGUUUUAGCAGCUAUCCAAGCGUUGCCAGGGGCAGAAGUACACACACAGCAGUCAUUCGAAGGCUGUUCCAGUGACAAAGGAUGUGCUGGUAUCAAAGUUAAAGACGGCAGAGUCUUGGAAAGGUUCGGGAAUGUGGACGCAUUCAGAGCGGCUGCCGCGGCGGACACGGGCAACGAGUUUUCAUUCCACGCGGCCGGUAGCAACGUUUUCGAAGGCAUACCAGGCCAGGCACCCUUCUGGUGGAUGAACCAAGACUCCCCGUUCAAAACCGGCGGUGGAAACUUCGAGAAGUUCGAAAAGUCCAGCUCAAGUUUCUCCAGCAGCGGCACGACUGGAGCUGGGGGACAGUUUGGAAGCGGCGGAGAGUUGGCCGCUAACCCUUUCUUGGCGGGAAGCUUUGGGGCUGCCGGAGCUCAGGGCGGUCAGGCAGAUAUUGCUGGCAAACCGGGAGCUACGUUCCAGUCGUCUUCCUUCGAAUCAUCGUCUUUCAGUACGAGCAAGAAUGGUGAGGUCGAUAUUAGCAAGAAUCCUUUCCUGAAUGGAGGAAUUAAGUUCGGCCAAGGCGGAUUCCAAGCGCAAGGAGCGUUCGGCGCUUCUGGGCAAGGAUCGAACCAGUUCGCCGGAUCCCAAGGAGCCGGUUUUGGCGCUGGAGCCUCUCAAGCCGCUUUCGGAGCUGGACAAAACAAAUUCAGCGGUAGCAACCAAAACACAGCAUUUAGCGCCGGCAGCAGUCAAAGCGCUUUCGGCGCUCAAGGAUCUAAACAAGGUUCCGGCCAAGGAUUUGGAAACCAAAACGCUGGCCAAUUCGGUGCUGGUAGCAGCGGUUCCCAAGGAUUCGGAGCACAGGGCUCGUUCAGCGCCAGCGCGCAACAAAGCGGUUCCUUCCAAGGAUCAGGAUCCAAAUUCGGAGCUGGAAACGUUGGACUAUCUAAUUCUCAAGGCAACGGCUUCGGCAACAGCGCCUUUUCUGCCAGCAACUCGGCAGCUAACAACAAAUUCUCGGCAGGUUUCACAGGAUCCUCGCCCAGGCCUUUUGCGGCGUCAACAGCCGCUGGUUCCAAUGUGAAUUUGAUUCAGAACAGUCAGAAGACCAGUGAGUUUGACUACGAACAACAACAGCAGGUCCAGAACAUCGACGAGGCCUUCCAGAGCACUGGGAAUGUGAACAGCCAGGGGUCAAUACAUUCUGGUGGCGAGUUGCAGCAGACAUGUGCUGGUCAGGGAUACGUGUGUGUGCACAAGGCUCAAUGUAAUAAUGGCGUCGUGAACACCAAUGGGCAGUCCAUCCUGCAGGCGAAAACUUCGAAACAGUACUGCAACGUUAAGACUGAAAUUUGCUGCAGAAUUGAACUGUCCAACCUCAACGGAGCCGCUGGCCAAGAGUCUCUUGGUGUUGGCCUGGCUACCUUCCAGGGUCAAGGAGGUCUUUUCGCGUCCAGCUCGGGCCAGUCGGGUCAAGGAUCUUCAAGCUUUGGUUCUAGCCAAUCAGGGCAGUCAGGCCAGGGUUCAUCCAGCUUUGGUUCCAGCCAAUCAGGGCAGUCUGGUCAAGCUGGCCAGUCUGGUCAAGGACAGUCAGGAGCUGGAUUCGGAUCAACGCAAUCAGCCUUCGAAUCGUCCAGUUUUAACAGACAGAACACUUUCACGUCUUCUGGACAAAAUAACGGCAAUUUUGGAGCAACAGGUCAGAAUUCUGGUUCGUUUGGUGCCUCUGGACAAAACGGUUUUGGUGCCAACGCUGGUACCAACCAAUUCGGUGCCGCUGGUCAAUUUGGAACUAGCACCAGCAAAUUCGCAUCGAGCUCUGGCCAAUUCGGUUCUGGAACCACUGGGGCCGCUUCUGGAACAGCCGCUGGAUCUGCAUUCGGAAACUCAGGCUCAGCAAAUAGAGGAUCAUCUUCUUCUGCUUCGGGCUUCGAAAGCCAAGGUUCCUUCGCCAGCACAAACAAAUUCAACGGAAACGGCUUCUCAAGUUCGACACCUACUCCGAACCGUUUUGGUUCAACGAAUGGAUUCAACAACGAAGUGUUCAAAUCUACGAGCCAGUCGAACUUCAUCGAAACCGACUCAUUCUCGUCUGGCAGCGAAGCGGCUGGCGUCUUCAGACCAGGUGCCAGCGGAAGCGGUCUCAAACCGGGCAUUCCUUACUUGCCUCCAGUAGACAGUUCUACCCAAGCUUCAGUUUUGGUCACGUCUACCGCCAGACCCAGGCCUACGACUGGAAAACCGACUUAUUUGCCGCCUUCCCCUCCAUCUACUGCCGCGCCGGGCUACUUGCCACCAGACCAGUAUGAAGAUGGAUCUUUGCUGUUGGAUGUUACCAGAGUGACGCCGAGACCUACUGUGCCAGUUCCUCAAAACAAUGACAUCCCAGCCGGUUGCGCGGCAGCUCUGAAAUGCACGCCUAUUGAAUACUGUACCGCUGAUGGCGUCAUGUCCAACACCACUGUCGUGCUAUCCAGAGACCAGGAGGCUUACCGUGUUCCUCUUACCGACUGCAAAGACCUAGAAACUGGCCGCAUCGGGAAAUGCUGCAGGGACCCCAACUAUUCAGACCCUUGGCCCACCAACCUGAUCGGGAAGUGGGUUAGCGGUGUUUUCGGAGGAGACGACGGCAAAUAUAACCCAACCAAGGACAGGCAGGUGACUGGAAGGCCACCCAUCUCUGGCGGGAUUACACAGACUGCCUCCAGGGAGCCAAAACCAACCGUAUCACCUUUCGGACCUAACCAAGUGACCCCAGGGUUCGCUGGAUCGGCGUCAAACAAGUUUGGAGCCCAGGGUCAGUUCGGAGUGGCUGGUACAGGACAAGUUGGACAAUUUGGAUUUGGAACCCAACAAACUCAAGGGUCCCAAAUAUCAACCACUACAACCCAGUUCAAUCAGAACCAGAACAGGAAGACGGGAGAGGUCAUCACGGGUCAAGGUCAGGGGGUAGCGUUCGGCCAGGGUCAAGGUCAGGGGGUCGCGUUCGGCCAGGGUCAAGGUUUCAACCAAGGUCAGGGCAGUUUCGCAACUGGAGGAGGCGGUCAGAGGAUCAAUGAGUUUUCUAGUCAGAGUACAAAAGAAGUUGUAAUAACUGGACAAGGUCAAGGAACAGGAUUCAAUCAAGGUCAAGCCUUCAGCCAAGGGCAAGGUCAAGGGUUCAACCAGGGUCAGGGAGCAUUAGUUAGCCAAGGUCAAGGGUCGUUGGUCAGCCAAGGACAAGGCCAAGGUUUCAGCCAAGGUCAGGGAGCCUUGGUCAGUCAAGGGAGCGGUCAGAGAGUCAGUGAAUUCACUAGUCAGUCAAAUCAAGUCAACUCAUUCCAGUCUUCCGGCCAAAAUCAGAUACAGGGUCAGACGCAAAAAGGUCUAGAAAUCGGCCUGGGCCAGGGCUUCAUCAGCGGCUCCGGCCAGGGUGUGUCUCAGGGCUCCGGGGCUGUAGUGAGCCAGGGGUCCCGCUACGACGUGGAAAGUCAGAGCCAAUAUUCAGAAAAUAUAUACAGGGUAUUCCUGUCUCAGUAUGCGGCUGGCGGGCAGUGUGGACUUAUGAACCCCCAAAACCCAUACGGGAACCGCAACGAGCUGGAGGUAGACUUCGCUGAGGUCCCCUGGCAAGCCAUGGUGCUGCUUCAGACCAACAAGAGUCUCCUGUGCGGUGGAGUCAUCACCAGGCCUGAUGUAGUGGUCACCUCGGCCGCAUGUGUUGAUGGCCUCACAGCCAACGUGCUGAAGGUUAAAGGUGGUGAAUGGAAACUCGGAAUUGAUGAUGAGCCGCUGCCUUUCCAAAUCGUCGGAGUCAAACAUAUACUCCGCCAUCCGUAUUACAAACGUGGAAGCCUGGAGUAUGAUGCUGCUAUCCUGGUUUUGGAUGAGAACCUGAGGCUGGCCAACAACAUCUACCCCAUCUGCCUGCCUGGAGCGAGGGACACUGUGGACGCUUUUUACAAUGGCGCUGGAGAGUGUGUCGUGACGGGAUGGGGCAAGCAAGUGUUGCAAGCCCACUUGGCCGGCAGCAUCAUGCACAGCAUCAACGUCUCCCUGAUCAACCCUGGGGAAUGCCAAGCCAAGCUGUCACAGGACUACCCCCACCUCCUGGAACAGUACAGCCAAGACAGCUGCGUCUGUGGACAGCCUACCAACCCCACUAACAAUAUCUGCAGGGUUGACAUCGGCAGCGCAUUGGCGUGCACCACCGGUAACGGCCAUUUUGUUUUGAGAGGAGUCUACUCUUGGGAUUCUGGCUGUCAACUCGGCAACCAAUUGGCCGCUUUCUACAAAUUCGACUUGGAAUGGUACGAAUGGGCGAUCGGCCUUAUCGAGAGCGCUCGCUUCGCUCAAUUCGCCAACGGGCAGUCCAACCGCUUCUCCGGCCAACUAAACUCCGGCAUCAAAGGCGCCGCCGGCAUCAAAGGCGGCUUUAACAUAAACAAAUUCACCAGCGGACAGAGUAUACUAGCGGGCAACACCGCCGGCCAAUCAGAGCUCGCUAGCGGCGAAGCGAACGGCCAAUUCGCGAGUGGCUUCAGUCAAUUCGGCUCGAGCAAAUUCUCACAAGGCUCAAUAUCAACCGCGCCCAUUUCCAAGAGCUUCUCAGCUUCGUAUACGGAAAAGAAAAUAUUCAAAUCUGAACCGCAAAUUAUAACUUACACUACAAAACCUGAAAUUGUAACAUUCACCACGCCUCCUAAAUAUUUCACGUACACCACUAAACCUAAAUUGAUAACGUACACCACCAAACCACAGAUUAUAACUUACGAAACGUCCGGUAGUGACACGAGUUCGCAGUACGCUGUGGCGCCCAACGUGUCGUUCAACCCCUCUUUUACGGACGCGGUUAAAGGACAUAAUCACAACGCUCAGUGUAAAUGUUUGGAAAAUGGAAAGAAGUGAUUUUAAGUUAGGCAAGUUUUUUUUUUAAGUAUGCAACCCGACUGCUUUGUUUUGUAACGAGUUUAGCUCCCGAAUAUUAUUAUAUAUUGAAAAAAUAUAAAUGUGAAAUGUAUUAAGUACUAACAUUGUUGAGAUUAACGCAAUUUGAAAAGUAUAUUAAUAAUUUUAAAUUAUUUCAUGCAUUUGGCCUUCAUGUUUAUGAAAAUCUUUUGUAAUCGAUUCAAGAAAAGUAUUGCUUAUAACGGGAUGUCUUAAAAUUGUAUAAUAGACACUUUAGAAAAAAAAUAUAGAUACCUAUUUCUUAUGUAAACGUACAUGACAUAGGUACUUAUUGCAGUAAAGUUACUAACUAUUUUUAGUAAGGUUAUUAAUGCUGGCAACUUUUAGGUAAUAAACAAACAGAAAUGGAAUCAUAUUCAAAAAGUUAAUGAAAUCUAUCAUUCCAUUAUAGUAUACUUUUGAUAUUUAAUACCUACUUUAUUUAUAUAAAAAUUUAAUGAUUUAAGUUGAAUUUCUCAAGUUAAUAAAAACAUUCAGAUAGUAUCAUAUUUUUAAAAAGCACUCUUGUCGAUUUAUAGUUUAAAUAAAUGUCUACAUAAUAAGUAAGGACCAUUUUGGCUGUAUAUUGUUUUUUUUUAUAUAUAAACAUUUAAUUUACCCUCAAUAAAUACGCAGUCGGGUAAACUUUGGAUGAAAUUUACAAUAUAGGUGGUUUUAACGUGCCAUACAAAUUUAUUUUACAUUUGCAAAACAGUGACAUUCCUUGAUAUCAACGAAAAACUCAGUUCCUAAACUCCCGGCCAUCUUGAAAAUUACUGGCAACACUUCAAAACUGUGACGAAAUAUUAUUUUUAUUUAUAUUUUCUUUUUUUUGUGUAAAUAGGUAGACUGUGUUUCAUCUGGAAUUAAUUUUAUUGUUUCUAAGAAAAUUGUUGGAUUUAUUUUUUAAACUGCCAAUUCGUUUUUGCUUUUUUUAUACGAUUAAAUUGUAUUUAUAAAUUCUUUUAAGUAUUUAGUUUAAAAUAUACUACUGAUAAGCGUGAAAAAAUAUUGAAAAAAUAUGUAUAACAUUAGAAAUUUGACCGUAUUGGUAAAAUGAACCAAAAUGGUCGACUCUCUAAUUCCGGACGAUUUUAGUUAUAAAAAUUAAAAUUAAUUAUAAGAUUUCUUUUAUAUAUAUAUAUAUAUAUGUAUAUAUAAAAUGAGAAAUUGAUUAAAUUGUAUUUAGUCAAUAUGUUUGUAUCAAUUAUACGUAUAAUUUGUUACAAUAAGUAUUAAAUAAUUGAAAUUAAAUGAAGGUAUAAUAAAGAAAAG